AUGGUAAAUUUUCUCCUGCUGGCUUUUGUAUUUGGACUGGCUCAUGCUGAGAUUGAUGGAGAAUGGGUUACAACUGCUAUUGCUGCUGACAAUGUUGACAAGAUAGAUAAAGGUGGACCUUUGAGGAUUUAUGUUCGUAAACUUACUUGUAAUGAAAGAUGUCUUCAAAUGGAAAUCACAUUUUAUGUAGAUUUGAAUGGUCAAUGCUCAAAGACAAAAGUCAUUGGAUACAAACAAGAAGAUGGCUCCUACAGAACCCAGUAUGAAGGUGACAAUAAAUUUAAACUUGUGUGUGUGACACCAAAGAACCUAGGUUUUUUCAGUGAGAAUGUGGAUAGAGCUGGUCGGAAAACAAAGUUGAUUUUUGUUCUAGGAAAAGGUGAUCCUUUGACACCAGAACAACUUGAACAUUUUGAGAAAGGUGUUAAACAAUCGAAUAUUCCAACAGAAAACAUUAUGCAAGUUCUGGAUACAGUAUCAGAAAACAAACCCAAAAAUUGUGACCUAUAUGACUGCCUGAACAGCAGUGUAAGCAAUAUUAACAAUAAGAAUGCCAAAGUUGACUUGAUAAAUAUCAUGAAGCUUUAG